UGAUCCCCACCCUCUCCGUUUCUCCCCUCAUCUCCCGACGCAAUGAACCCCAGGAGCAUAGGAGACAAAAGAGGGAGCAGAGCCAGGUCAGGAGAGAAUGAGCGCCUGCGUGGCCGAGAUUUCCGCAGGUAGUUUGUCCGGCACAACCGGAGGCAGCCUCGGAGGGAGCAGGACCCUGCGGCGAGGAAGAGGGGGCCUCGUGUCAAAGCUCGUCGCGCUGAUUGGCUGGUCUGCCGCUGCCGGGGAAGAACCCGGAUGUGCCUGGGCAGUCGUGCUGGCAGUCGGAGUUCUGAGGUUUGGGUGUUCUAGGGGUGCUGGCAGCCCGGGGCGGAUGGCGCGGGGUUGGGCUGGCUUCUCUGAGGAGGAGCUGAGGCGACUAAAGCAGAAUAAAGAUCCAUUUGAACCAAAGUGGCGUCUCCCUAUGAAAAAAAGUCGACAACAACUUCAGCGAGAAAAAGCCCUCCAAGAGCAAAGCCAAAAACUUGGACUUCAAGAUGGAUCAACCUCAUUACCUCCAGAGCAGCUGCUGUCUGCACCAAAACAGAGCUUUAAUACUCAGAAGCCAAAUUUUUCUACCCCUAGUCCUCCUAGUUCUCUUACACCUACCUCUCCUAUUGGUGAUGGAAAACCACAGGGUAUUGAAAGUCAACCAAGGGAACUGGAACUUGAAAAUUCCCAUGAUGGUCACAAAAAUGCUGAGGUCCCACCUCCAAAGCCAGAUUGCAAAUUGGAGAAAAAGAAAGUGGAAUUGCAAGAAAAAUCUCGUUGGGAAGUCCUCCAACAAGAACAACGGCUAAUGGAAGAGAAAAAUAAACGUAAGAAAGCUCUUUUGGCUAAAGCUAUUGCCGAAAGAUCUAAAAGAACUCAGGCAGAGACCAUGAAACUAAAGCGUAUCCAGAAGGAGUUGCAGGCUUUGGAUGACAUGGUGUCGGCUGACAUUGGGAUCCUCAGGAACCGGAUCGAUCAGGCCAGUCUAGACUAUUCACAUGCUCAAGGAGGCUGGAGAAGGAUGCCUUUGUACAGUGAACAUUAUGUAAAAAAUGUCAUAGUUUCAGCCUUCAGAGAACCACAAAGAAGGAAGCGGUUUGACAGGGCCGAAGCCGAGUACGUGGCGGCAAAGCUCGACCUGCAGCGCAAGACUGAUACUAAAGAGCAACUGACCGAGCACCUCUGUACGAUCAUCCAGGAGAACGAGCUCCGCAAGGCCCGGAAGCUGGAGGAGCUGAUGCAGCAGCUGGACGUCCAGGCCGACGCGGAGCCCGCGGAGCCCGAAGGGCAGGUGGAGGGAUGCCUUCACCACCAAGAAGCGGAAGCCGGGAAACAGGUGGUUCACGUAGAGCCGCCAAACGCAGAUGCGCAGUGUGAAAACGGCGCCAGCGCCCCUCUUGCUCCGGACCACGCGAAUCAAGUGCAAAGUACUGUAAAUGACCUUGCUGCGGCUCUGACCCCAUGAAGUGCCAGUGUGUGUUCUCCUCACCUGCUAGGGUAGUCAGUCAACUUUCUGUUGCAGAUGAUGCCGUGACCUCUGAGAAAUGCCUCUUUACAACAAUAUUCAUUUUCAAAUCCUUGAUUAGGUUUCUCAUAACGCGUUUGACGACUCUUAUCUCAGAUGAUGGUAAUUUUAUAGGGGGCCGUAGUUCACCUUGAUUUUGGUCCGGUUCAUUUAGUGUGCCCCUAUUUUGGGAGUGAAAACAAGUGGCUUAGAAGCAUAGAAGAAAAACUACAUGGCUAGGAGUGUUUUUACACCAGGUAAAUGUAGAAAAAUGGAAUGAAAAAUGAUAAUACCUCAUCAAACUCAUUUAAUUUCGGGAACAGUGCUGAGAAUGAGAAUGAGAAUCCUAUUAUUAUUUUAUGUCAUCACUAAAAAGACACUAAAAAUGAAACGUGAAAAAGAGACCAGGAAACAACUAACAAAACUAGUAGGUUGAAUUAUCUAUUUGUAUUUUAACUAGAGUUACAAAACACUACUUUUGUCUUCAGUUUGCCUUGUGAAUGUCUUUAGUUUACAACCUGAGUUUUGGUUAGUUGAUACGUAAACAGAAACUUGUAUAUAUAAAUAUGCCAUAUGUAUAAUUUUAGUAUUAAUAUAUUGUUUUCUUUAAUCAAACACAUUGAUUAAAUUUAGACAAUGAAAACAUUUCUACAGUGAGACUGAAAAUAAUGUAGAAAAAUCUCAUUGCUACUUUUGAUUAUCAAAAAAAUUAAUACAUUUUUCUUUCUAAAGUUACCUGUAAAUAUGAGUUUUAUAUGUUGGGGUAUAAUUUAUGUUGUCAUAAAGCAUUUAAAUUGUUAAAAUGAUGAUUUUAUUAUUACUGUACUAGUUUGUUAAUUACCAUCAGUAAUACUUGACCACUACAUUGUGCUAUAUGUAAAUGUAUAAAUAUUGUAGUCUUGUCACAAAAAUCUGUGACUAUCACAUUAAAUUCUGAUUUAUCCAAAAUUCUAAACAUUCAAAUCAUACAUUUUAAGUGUUAGGAAGAAAUGAAAGAGGAUGAGGACAAAUGUAAUAUUGUAUCCAUAAUAAUUUCUGCAAAAGUGGCGGACAUCCUAUUUUUAAAUGAGUUUGAGGAUAUUAUUUUCUUGUAAUGCAGAUACGCUUUGUAUUUUUAUAUUAUGUAACUUGAGCAGAAAUUAUAGCUUUCCAUGACUAACUUCUCUAAGCAGAGGCAUUUAUAUAGAUAGUUGUAUUUUUAUGCAUAUGCAUGAUGACAUAAAAACUGAAAGCUUGGUUGUCCAUACUCUCCUAUUUUUCUAAGGAAUAAACGAGCCUGAUGCGUUUA